CCCGGUCGGGGUACCGGGGUAGCCUCACCUCCACUUUGCGUUUUCGCCACUCGGAUCAAUCGGACCAACAGAUGCGUAACCACAAAGUCGCCUAGCCGACUUUGACCAUCACUCAUAUCCACACCAAACAUGAUACCCCAAAACACGGCAUCGCGCGGGCUGAGGCAAGUGCUCCGGGCGCGUAUGCUGCGCCCAUCACCGGCGUCGAGCCUGCGCGCGCGCUCUCUCCCCCCAGCCCGGCCGCUAUCAACAGCAACGGCACCUCUACGGGACCGACUCGCAACGGCGACGGCGACCAAGCCCGCCGCCGUCUUCCCCGUCGCUGGCUUCCCAGCAUCGUCAGACACAGACGUGCGGGAUCUCUUCGACACCCCAUAUGCGCCCGGCACGGCGGCCUCCCCGUCGGGCCUGUUCGGCUACCCGGUGCUCACGGCGCCCGACGUGCUCCUCCCGCUCACCGAGCGGACACUGGUGCACGCGCGCGCGAUCGUCGACCGGAUCGCGCGGGCGGGGGAAGACGCGAGCGGCCGAGAGCUGCGCCUGGUGGUCAAGAACCUCGACCGGCUGAGCGACCUGCUCUGCGGCGUGAUCGACAUGUGCGAGCUCGUGCGGAACGCGCACCCUUCCCCCGAGUGGGUGGUCGCUGCCGACGAGAGCUACGAGACGCUCUGCAGCUACAUGAACGAGCUGAACACUUCCCGCGGGCUGUUCGACGCGCUAGUCGCCACGCUCGCGGCGCAGCACUCCCCGCCCCUCAGCCACGCCGAGACGCAAGUCGCGCUGACGUUCCUGCGCGACUUUGAGAAGAGCGGCAUCGACCUCGCGCCGGACGUGCGCGCGCGAUUCGUCGAGCUGAGCGACAGCCUGAUGACCUUGGGCCGCCGGUUUCUCAGCUCGGCGACGGCGGGGCCGAACCCCAGCCCGCCGAUUGAGAUCCCCGACCCGGAAAAGCUGCUCGACUCGCUCGGCCCCCAGUUCUACAACACGCUCCGGCGGAGCUGGCGCGGCGCGGCGCUCGUCACGCCUGGCAGCUGGGAGGCGCAGAUGAUCGCGCGGUACGCGCGCGACGGGGAGGCCCGGCGCCUGGUGUAUGUCGGCAACUCGCGCGCCGACCCCGAACGCGUCGGCGUGCUCGAGGAGAUGCUCGCGCAGCGCGCCGAGCUCGCCGGCGUGCUCGGCAAGAAGAGCUGGGGCGAGGUCGCGCUCGUCGACAAGAUGGCCAAGACGCCAGAGAAUGUGCGCGGGUUCUUGGAGAGCCUGGCGGAACACCACCGCGCGACGGCGCUGAGCGACGUCGCGAUGCUGCAGGCGAUCAAGAGCCAGAGCAUCACCGGCAUCGAGGUCGCGGGCGACCCGGAAAAGGCAAAGCUCCAGCCGCUGUACGCUUGGGACCGGGAUAUCUUUACGGAGCGGUACAUCUCCAGCCUGGCCCCGGCGAGCUUGGAGCCGCUCGCGCCGUACUUCUCGACUGGGACGGUGAUGCGCGGGCUGUCGCGGCUGUUUUCUCGGCUGUAUGGCAUCAGCUUCCGCCCGGCGCCGGUCGCGCCGGGCGAGGUAUGGCACCCGUCUGUGCGCCGCCUCGACGUGGUCGACGAGAGCGAGGGCGUCAUCGGCGUGAUCUACUGCGACCUGUUCUCGCGUGACGGCAAGCCCGCGAGCGGGGCGGCACACUACACUGUGCGGUGUAGCCGUCGGGUCGACGACGACGACGUGCGCGGCGAUCGGAUGGUGGACGGGUGGGACGCCGGCCUUGGCCCCGGCCUCGAGACGGGCGGCGAGGCCAUCCCUGGCCGUGAGGGCCGAUACCAGCUGCCCAUUGUCGUGCUCACCACCGACUUUGGGACCGUCGAGCGCGACCGCCCGGCCCUGCUCGGCUGGCACGAGGUCGAGACGCUCUUCCAUGAGAUGGGGCAUGCGAUGCACUCGAUGAUCGGGCGGACAGAGUACCACAACGUGUCGGGUACACGCUGCGCGACCGACUUUGUCGAGCUCCCCUCGAUUCUCAUGGAGCACUUUGUGUCGUCGCCUGAAGUGCUUGGCCUGUUCGCAGAGCACUACGCGACUGGCGCGCCGCUGCCGAUGGAGCUGCUCGCCGCCCACCGCAGGCUGCAGCAGAGCCUCGCGGCGCUCGAGACGCACGGGCAGAUCGUCAUGGCGAUGCUCGACCAGCAGUACCACUCGCUCGCGCCGGGCGAGGCGGUCGACUCGACGGCGGUCCACAACGCGCUGCAGAACCGCGUCGGCGUGGUGCCCGCCGUCGAGGGCACGGCGUGGCAGACGCAGUUUGGCCACCUGCAGGGCUACGGCGCGACGUACUACUCGUACCUGUUUGACCGCGCUAUCGCGGGCAAGGUGUUCGAGACGCUCUUCACCGCCGACCCGUUGAGUCGUGACGGCGGCGACGUGCUCAAGAACAAGCUGCUCAAGUGGGGCGGGGGCCGGGAUCCGUGGGAGAUGGUCGGGGAUGUGGUGGGCGGGGAGGAGGGCGAGGUGGUGGCGAAGGGGGAUGAGCGGGCCAUGGGGCUGGUGGGUGGAUGGUACAUCAAGUAA